CAAGUUACUUUAAUGUAUUUGCACCAAAAAAUGAUAAGGAUUUAUGCUGAUAUCGUUCAAAACCACACUUUUGGAGGGCAGUGUAAAAUAAAAUGUACAAAUAGUUAUUGUAUUUUGAUUAUUUGAUGAAGUGUUUUGAUGAUGUAUGUUUGCAUAUCUGACCAGGGAUCAGCAGCACAGUAACGGUGACGUCCAGACGUCUGGGGCGGACAGUCUGGAGUUCAGACUCCUGAUGGCAUACAUCCGCAAGAGACGACCCGCCGACACCCGCCUGCAGCAGGAUGUCCCGUCUUCGCCACAGCCAACUGAAAAACACCGCAAACCACAGAAAAAUAAAAGAAAGAAGAGACUUUUUCUCCUAAAAUGUAUUAAACCACAGACAGAUGAACUGCCAGAACGACAGGCUGCGACACUUAGCAGAUCAGAUGAUGAGAGAGUGGAUGAGAUGGAAAUCAUGGUCAAACACGGUGAACUGACAGAGAUAUCAGACAGAGAGCACUUCACUCCUUGUGAAAUAGAAUCAGACAGUCCAGAUGAGGAGUCUGAUGUUGUGGAAAAGCUGGCUGAGCUCCUCAGAGAACAUAACGAUGAAUUGUAUGAAAAGAUUAAGGCAGACCCGGCGUUGCAUGAGAAACUUCAGUCCUCUUUCACAUAUGGCUUCUUCAAGAAAGUGAUGGAAGCUAUUUGCGGAAGUUUCCCUCCAGACGUGCCUACAAAGCAGAAAGACAGGAAAGUCGAUGUGGCUUUGGUCUGUGAAGCCACCAGUCAGCUUGUUGGCAUCCACUACCAUCCCAUGACUUAUGUGAUGAACUUGGGCGCAGUGUAUCUAAAGGAAAAUUACUCCGCAUGGAUUAGCAGAAACAUGCAGCUUGUUGGGAUCCUUUUCCAUCCUGUAAAAAACUUGCUGAACUUAAGGUCUUUUCACACGGGACACGCCAGUCGCGAGUGUCUAGUUAACUUUUAAUAGAAAACAAGUGACAAAUGGCAAAAUGUGGCGCGGUGCACCUACAGUGCCAGUGAAAAUAAAAAUAUUUUGGCUGUGUACAAAAUAGCAUACUCUCUGAGUAGGUACUUAAUGAGUGCUAAAAGGGUACAUACUAUGUAGCCUGAAUGCGUGAAGUAUGAAUGCGAUCCGGAAUUCAUCUGCCAUGUUGACAUCAUGUGAUUUACGACGUUAUAACAAGCACAACAACUUAAAAGAUAUGAGCGAAAGGUUUAAUUCUUCUAUCUGUAAAUAUUUUGAUAUUGUUGCAUCUGGCUCAUUUUGUGGUCUUGUUGAAGAAACAGCUGCCCAUUUAGUUUGUGAUUUAUAUUAUAACCAACAAGUUUUGGGUUGAUUUAAGUUUUUAUUUUUAACCGUACUAUUGUGACCCACAAUUUUAUCAAUGUUGUUAAUUUCUAAUUGUUCUAAUUUUUUUUUUUUUUUUGUUACCCUUGUCCUUUUUUCAGCGUAUAUAAUUUCAUACUAUGAUGUACAUAAACCCGUGAUAUUUGUUUGUUUGCUUUUUUUUUUUUUUUUUUGUAAUGCAAUAAUUAGGUGUAAAAUAAUGCGCUGUGCACCCUCGAUGUGCACUUCUGCUGGGUCUGCACUGGGGCAAGCUCCGCUGCAGACGUCUUGGAUGUAUGAUGGAGUAUUUCUGUGCCAAAAGCUCUGAGUAAAAUUUCACAUGUUGUCAUCUCAGAAUUACAGUAAUUAUGACGUGGUGUGAAUACAGCAUUACAAACAAAAAAAUAAUAACUGGGAAUUUGACAUUAAAUUGUCCUUCUCCCAAACAGAAACAUGAGAAAACUGCACCUUUUUCGUUUUCCCCCAAAAAACAAGAAUUCACCUUUAUAUUUUGUUUUUACGUUCAGGAGUAGAAAAUGGGUAAACAGGUUGAAUGUUUAAUUUCCACAUAAAAUGAAAUGUAAAACUGUAGUAACAUUUUUCUGAAUUUGUGUUUGGACUACGCAAAUAAAGAAGAAAGAAGGGUGGGUCACACUGUGUUCCCCCACUCUGAUGGGACCAGCCAAUCACAGCAUGGAAAUGGAGAAGCACCAAAUUGCAGUCUCCUCCUCAUCAAAAAGGGAUACCCUUCCUGGUUCUGAGUCUGAAUCCUGCAAAGAAUGGGACAUUAACAGAUCAACAAAGUUCUGAGUCUGAGUCCUGUUACCGGGAAGGCAGCAACAGAAACACCCUGUUCUGAGUCUGAGCCCUGCAUAGGUGAGACAAUAGCACAUCAACCAGUACUGAGUCUGAGUCCCGUAAGGGAAGAGGCAAUAACAGCUACACCGUUCUAACUCUGCAAGGGUGAGACUACAACAGAUACCAAGUCGAGUCUCCAGCUUUUGAGGCAGCAACAGAUACAACAACGUCCCGAGUCUCCAUCCUGGAGUGACAAAGCAGAUUGACUAAAUUCUGAGUCUUUAGCCCAGAGAGGCAGAAGACACACAGACAUCUGCAACAAGGUUAAGCUCUGGCAAGCAAACUGUCACCUCAGGGUUGUAGGGUUUUAGGUCAAAUUUAAGUGAUUCAAUUGAGAAUCGAAUCCAAAGGAUUCAGAAUUAACUUGAUUAACUGAUUCAAAGUUAGUAAUUUACACUUUUAUCAACUGUUCGUCCACCGAACGUUCAAUUUAGGAUAUUUUACCAACUCUGGAUGUUUAUAUUAUUCCUGUGGCCAUUGGAUUAUAAUAUAAACCAAAAUAUUCGUUCGUUAUGAGCUAGGUAGCAAAACGGGCAGUAGCUUUAUGAACAGAAAAACAAGACAAUGUUCUUUUCAAUGAAACGAGAAUUUAUUGAACUACUCUAAGAUACAUACACACACACACACACACACACAGGCAUACAGUUCACGGAAUGAGAGUCUAUGGAGUUGAAGGGAAUCCCAAAACUACUAGUAUCCGCUACUAGUUCUUAAAUUGCAACCUGAGAAAACCAUAAAAGCAGAGAUUUAUCUUUUUUGAAAUUUAGCACCAGUUCAGCAAGAGAUUAAGGAGACCUUGUUUUACUUGCGUUCGGGUUUUCCUUGGUGGGCUCGUCUUAGCGGAGGGAAUCACGCCACUUCUGAUUGGUUGCUUAGUUCUUUGGAUGACGUCUUUGGGAAGCCUUCGGUGGUGAUUGGUCAGUUGGAGAGGCUGGAUGAAGCUUCGGUUGGUUGCUUGGUUACACGGAUGAUGCUCUCGGAGCUGAGGUGAGCGCUGGCGAAGUGUUUCUCUCGUUGCGAGCGUUUCACGCUGUUCACGCUGUCAGUGUGAUGUGUGAGAGUUGUAUUAUUAUUCCUUACCUGAAGGUGGUGCUCUCCUUGUUAAGAUAUGCUGGCGUACCCUGUAAGAGAGAGGUAUAGAAAAAGAGAGAUAAAAAGUGUUGAGUAGCAUGCAACCUGGUCUCCGUGUGUCUUUGUACUAAAGUUAAUUCACAAAACAUCACAUGGUGUCAGAAGAAAACUAUGGAUCAGUUAAAACCUCCUAACAGUUUGGAUUUUGAAGGAAAUCUGGCGGAAAACUGGCGAACGUGGAUUCAAAAGUUUGAUUUGUAUCUCAUUGCAGCGGGCAUUGCAGAAAAGAGUGACAAGGUAAAAUGUGCGACAUUUCUUCACGUGGCGGGAGAUGACGCCAUAAAGGUAUUUAAUACCAUGGACUUUGAUGAUGAUGUGGAUGAUUUUGAAGUGCUCAAAGAAAAGUUUAGAGAAUACUGUGAGCCAAGAAAGAAUAUUACAUAUCUGAGGCAUAUGUUUUUCACGAGAGCACAGGGACCGAACGAAACCAUCGAUGCAUACGUGACUGACUUAAAAAAUAAGGCAAAAGAUUGUGAGUUUGGAAGAUUAAAUGAUGACUUGAUUAAAGAUCGCAUUGUCUGUGGUGUUAACAAUGACACUGUGAGAGCUAGACUUCUCAGAGAAACAGAUCUGAACCUAGCUAAGGCUGUGGAUAUUUGUCGUGCAAACGAAAUAACGCAAAGCCACUUGAAAGUGCUGCAUGAAGAAGCAGAAGUGGCAGUGAACAAAAUCACGAAGACAAAGUCGGCCAGACAAGUGAAUAUCAAGCACACAAGGAAAGAGAAAGAUGAGUGCACAAGAUGUGGGUAUGUACAUGAGCCAAGGAAGUGUCUGGCAUAUGGGAAAAUUUGUAAUGAGUGCUCGAGGAAGAAUCAUUUUAGCCGCAUGUGCAAAACUCCGCAGAAAAAGGACAAACAAACAAGAUUUGAGAAAAAAAGUACAUGAGAUAGAACAACAAGAUGCUGAAUUAUUUAUUGGUACCAUUGAAAUUGAACAAAGUGAGGAAAAAGCUAGCAAAUGGCUUCCACAAAUGUAUACAGUCUCUACAAUGGAAAGUGAAACCAAGAAAUGGACACAAGAAUUCAGCAUAAACAAUAGUCUACUUACCUUUAAGCUAGAUACAGGAGCAGAGUGCAAUGUGUUGUCAUUUAAAGAUUUUGAGAAAACUUCUAACAAGACAACAACUUUAAAGAAGUCAAACUGCACUUUAGUUACAUAUUCUGGCCACACGAUGGAGACAAAGGGUAAAGUAUGGCUUAAGUGUGGAUACAAAGACACUGAGUUUGAUCUGGAAUUUCAAAUUGUAGAAGAAGAUUCACCAGCAAUUCUGGGAAGAGAAGCAUGCUCAAAACUUGGAUUGAUUAAAAGAGUGUACAAAGUAGAAAACAAAAAUCAAACUGACAUUCUGAGUGAAUAUCAAGACGUGUUUACUGGUUUAGGAUGUGUACCAGGACUGCAUCACAUACAGCUAAACCCAGAUGUUGCUCCAGUCAUUCAUGCACCACGAA